AGUACAUCACCUCCAAUUUCUUCCCUUGCCAGUGAGGAGAUACCACCAAUCGUAAAAUCGAGCCAGCAAUGGGCAGCCCAGGGGAAGACGCGUUCAGCGUUCAUAGCGGAGGGUAACUCCGCACAGGUAACCGGACGCUUCACGUUAUGUUACCGUAACAACUGACGCCGUCGUUCCCCUCCUCCCCGUCCUGUCCUGUCCUAUAUUAUCCUGUCUCGACCCCUCAGUUCACUUCCACCCUUCAAACAGCCGCCCGGACUUCAUUAUCAGCUUUGUUUUCUUUAUCAACUUUCAGGGCUCUGCUCUGUCGAGAAUCAUCUCGUUUCCUUCUUUCGUUGCCGUCUACGCCGGGUUUCGCGGCCUGCUGUGCCAGCCGAGGGGAUAUCACCGAACGAAAGAUACGUCUACAAUUACCGGCUCUUCUAGAAGAACGCCUCGAGAUAUCGUCAGGUUUCUCUACUCCUCUCUUCGCCGAUGGACGGAGACGGCUCAGCACUGCGGUCCCUCCCUCCCGAGGCUAUCGAGUUCGCCGGCCGGAUGUACAACGCAGCCCGGGCCGGAGACCGAGACAUAUUCGAACAGGCACUACCCGCCGGCCUUCCCGCCAACCUAACCAACGAGAAAGGCGACACCCUACUGAUGCUUGCCGCUUACCACGGGCAUGCCGACCUUGUCAAGCUGCUCAUCCAGCAUGGGGCAGACCCCAACCGUGUCAACGACAAGGGGCAGAGUCCCUUGGCUGGCGCCGUUUUCAAGAACGAGGAUGAGGUGGUCGAGGCGCUGUUAGCAGGGGGCGCGGACCCCGAGUACGGCUCGCCCUCUGCGCUCAAUUGCUUAGCUAUUUUCAAGCAGGAGGAGAAAUGGGGAGCCAAGUUUGCCGCAGCCCCUGGGAAGGGCCAGGGCGGGAAGCCGGCAUCCAGGUAGGGAAUCUUUGGCGAUUGACGCUCGGGUUUCCUCGUCUACGCAGUUUAAUGUUGCAAUUCGGACCCGACACUAGACACUACGUUGCUACAGGCGAUAUUAGAGUCAAAAUUCACAAUGCCGACUCUCAUGUCUACACGGAUGAGGGACAUGAACAGGUUCAGAGACUGAAACUUGGGCCCGUGCUAUUACGGAUAAUAACCUUGAACGAGAUUAAAAUCUAACUUGGCCUGGUCAACUACGAUCUCGCGUUAAUUAUGCAAUGCCUGUUUAUCAUACGUAAGUAGCUUAUGUGUGAGUUUCUCAAAGGAGCUUAUAGUAGGUAUAAACAACGAAGACCGGAUAGGCAAUCCUUC